AUGCAGGGCCUUCUGCUGCUCGGGGCCCUGGUGCUGGGACUCAGCCUGGCUGGCGGUGCCCACACCCCCAGCAUCUACGAUGAGAUGCAUGAGGAUGAUGACGACGUGAGUGCAGGAGGGACCGAUGACGCAGGGAUGAAACCCAGGCUCCCAACAGCAGAGGCAACCCUCGGGCCCCUGAUCUGCCCACGCAGCUUCCCGGGCCUCCUCGGCUGCAACGACAGCGACACCCUGCUGCUUCCCAACAGCUCUCAGGCCCUGCUGCUGGGCUGGGUGCCCACGCGCCUGGUGCCCACGCUCUACACACUGGCUCUGGCGCUCGGCCUGCCAGCCAACGGGCUGGCGCUGUGGGUGCUGGCCACGCUGGCGCCGCGCCUGCCCUCCACGCUGCUGCUCAUGAACCUGGCGGCCGCGGACCUGCUGCUGGGCUUAGCACUGCCCCCGCGCAUCGCCUACCAUCUGCGAGGCCAGCGCUGGCCCUUCGGCGAGGUCGCCUGCCGCCUGGCCACGACCGCACUCUACGGCCACAUGUACGGCUCACUGCUGCUGCUGGCGGCGGUCGCCCUUGACCGCUACCUGGCCGUGGUGCACCCGCUGCGCGCCCGCGCCCUGCGUGGCCGGGGACUGGCCAUCGGGCUGAGCGGCGCGGCCUGGGUGGCGGCCGCAGUGCUGGCGCUGCCCCUGGCGCUGCAGCAGCAGAGCUUCCGGCUGGUGGGCGCGGACCGGCGGCUGUGCCACGACGCGCUGCCGCUGGGCGCACAGCUGGCGCACUGGCGGCCCGCCUUCGCCUGCCUGGCGCUGCUCGGCUGCUUCGCGCCGCUGCUGGCCAUGGCGCUGUGCUACGGGGCCAUGCUGCGCGCGCUCGCCACCAGCGGCCGGCGCUACAGCCACGCGCUGCGCCUGGCCGCCCUCGUGUUGGCCUCGGCCUUGGCCUUCUUCGCGCCCAGCAACGUGCUGCUGCUGCUGCACUACUCGGACCCCGGACCGCGCGCCUGGGGUGACCUCUACGCUGCCUACGUGCCCAGCCUGGCGCUCAGCACCCUCAACAGCUGCGUGGACCCCUUCGUUUACUACUACGUGUCCGCAGAAUUCCGGGACAAAGUUCGCCAGGCGCUCUGCCGAUUGGCACCUGGAAACGACAGCUCGUCCUCAAAGACCUCAGGAGAUGGUGCCAGGGUGGGGACUGGCACCCGUUCUACCUCACUGGUGUGA